AUGAAUGGCACAGGAGCAGAAGAAGUUUCUCUUUCUGCCAUUUCCCAUUCGGCUCUCUGGGAGCAAACAGGCCGUUGGGGAGGUCAUGAACUCUUCAAGUUGAAGGACUCCACAGGUUCACACUACUGUUUAGUUCCGACUUGCGAGGAGGAAAUCACCCAUUUAGUGAAACAGGGACUUAAAUCAUACAAAGAUUUGCCGGUGACGUACUACCAAAUCAACACGAAGUUCAGGGAUGAAAAGAGACCUCGUUCAGGGCUACUCAGAGGAAGGGAGUUUGUCAUGAAGGACGCAUACUCCUUCGACUUGACCGAGGAAGAGGCAUUGGAGUCUUACAAUAAAAUGAUUGAGGCGUAUGCUUCUGUUUUCAAGAAACUCAGGGUGCCGUUUGUCAAGGCUGAGGCUGAUUCUGGCGAUAUUGGUGGUUCGCUUUCUCACGAAUGGCACUACGUUCAUGCUUCUGGCGAGGAUACACUCUUUACGUGCCUGGAAUGUGGCAAUGUGCUGAAUGUCGAGAGGACAUUGUCGUAUCCUCAUGAGGAGCAGCAACACGACGACGUCAGAGUUAAAUACUUCACCACUGACGAUGAAAAAACACUAGUGUGUGCUUACUACCCUGGCUCUAGGGAACUUCAACCGCUGUUUUUGACCGAAGAAAUUCCUGACAUUGACCUCAGUGGAAGGCUCAGUGAGGAAGAGGUGUUGGCGUUGUUCAAGGACGAAGAUACCUUGAUCAACAAGAAGAUCGUGCGUAUCAUGGACCUGAGGCUCAACCUGCGCCUGAACUUCCCUGACUUCCCUAUUAACUUCAUCAACCGCUCUUUGAUCACCACAUUGGCGGACGUUCCUAUUGUGGCUGCCGAAGAAGGCGAGUUGUGCCAUAAAUGCGAGGAAGGCUCAUUGACCUCAAAAAGAGCCAUAGAGGUCGGUCACACCUUCUACCUUGGCAACAAGUACUCCAAAGCAUUAGAGUGCCAAGUGGAGGUACCAGUGGAUGGGGCCAUGAAGAAGCAGGAUGUUCUCAUGGGGUGCUACGGAAUUGGCAUCUCCCGAAUCAUUGCAGCCAUUGCUGAAAUCAACAGAGACAGCAAGGGUCUCCGCUGGCCUGCGGCAAUUGCUCCAUGGGAGCUCACCGUUAUCAAUUUAAAAGAAGACAGCAGCGAUUUCCUUGCUGCGUCUUUUGAAGGCCUCGAUUGGAAAGUCGACGCCAGACCCAAGAUCGGCUUGGGCCGCAAGAUCAAGGAUUCACAGAUGAUGGGCAUUCCGCUCGUGGCCGUCGUUGGCAAAAAAUGGCCAUUAAUAGAGAUUGAGGAGCGUGGCAAAAGAGUGGCUCUGGAAGCCACCAAGGCGCUCUACGAUCAAAAGACGUUCGAAUGGGAGCUCACGGGAGACCUCGAUUCGGACACUACAGUCAAACAUCUCGUGCACAGCGACCACGCUGGCGCCGUUGUGAGAGCUAUUCUCACGGACAUGUAA